AUGCACUAUUCAAUGCAAAUGUUAGGGCAUGGCCUUUGCUUAAACAGAGUGUUUGCGGUGUUUUUCCGAGUGCUUUGGAAAGUUCGGCAACUGACGAGGACUUCAAUUUCAAGACGACGGGCCGACAUUCGCCUAUCAAUCAUGUUAGUCACAACUCACCUCAUCACUAUUUGUUAUUUCAUUGGCAACUACAUCGUGAAUUACGUCUACACGUCAGAGCGACCGGUUUUCUAUUAUUUGGUGCUUAAAAUCACGCCUUUUAUCGUCCACUGUAUGCUCUGG